AUGGAUGCCUCAGAAGACUUCCCUCUGAAGGACCAAGUCAGACAGCUGAGCAAUGAAAAUAUACAACUGCUGGAUCGCAAUGAGAGGUUGUAUGCCAAGCUGAACGAGUUGCAGGAGAAGAUGGGGAAACUGGCUGGCUCCAAGACUGAUCUGUCCUCCAGACUGGUCCUUAGCGAAGAAGAAAAGCUAAAGAUUUCAAAGGAGCUCAUUGAACUUCAGAUAGAGACCAACAAAAUAAGGGAACAUUAUGAGGCCGAGACCUUUGAACUGAAGAACACGGUCCUGGCAAUGGAGAACCGGUUAAUGACUCUGGAACUUCAGAAGGAGAAGUUGACAGGUGAGUACGAAGCUGUGAAGGAACGUCUACAUUCGGUGGAGACCAACCGCAAGGAGCUGGCUGAUGAGUACAUAGUUCUGAAGAGCAACUACCUGGCCCUGAGCAAAGAGCAUGAAAGAGAGGUGGCCAAAAAUGAUGAGUUGAGUAUGGAGCUCCUGAACCUGGCUAAGAGGGAAAAUGAGGAGAACUAUUCUCAGUCUCGGGCACUCGUCGAUGAGGCCACCAUGGAGCUGGAGAGGGUUCGGGCCAUGGUGGACCGCCUGUCGGCACGUAAGAUCAAGCCAGAAGAACUUGUUGCCUCUGAACAUGAAAGGAGAAAACUAGAGAGAAGUCUUUUCGGGAAUCAAGACGAAAUCAAGGAGGAGCUUGAGAGCAUGAAGAAGAUCCACAACACUCAGCAACAGAAGCUGGAGGAAAGGGUGGUAGCGAUGGGUAAAGAGCUACAGGAGGCAAAAAGGGCUAUUCGCAACACCCAGCACAAGAUGGCUGAACAGUCGGCGGUCCUCCUGACCUCCCAGAGCCAGAUGAAGGAAACUGAGGCAGAAAACUCACGUCUCCAGCUGCAGCUAAAGGAACUGAAUGAAGAAUAUCGAUCCCGUCUCAACCGCUACAUCCAGGACUUGGCUAAUCUGAGAAAUGGUACAUCUGGGAGGUUGCAGCUGGAGCCUGCUCGCUUGAAGCAAUAUGUGGACAGCAUGCUGAGUGACAUGAAAGCUUCACACAGAUCUAGAGAGGAGCAGCUCGCCAGCGCCGCUCGGCAGUACAAAAAGAGGAUGCAGAAUCUGGUCAAAAAACACGAGAGCCUUCUCAUUGCCUAUCGCAUGCAGAGAGAGCAGAUUCAGGCUCUGGGAAGCAGUGAAGUGGACCCGGGACCCCCUGAGCACCAUUUCUCUAUCACUGACCCAGAGCUGCAAAGUCAGUCCGCCUUGGAAUUAAGCCGACUGCGAGAGGACAAGGCUCGACUGGAGAACAAGAUCCUGGAUUUAAAGGAGAAGGUCAGUAUAAACUGGUGUAGCCAUGGACAAUGA